GACGUGAAGAGGGAAUGAAAAAAACUGUUUUACAUAGUUAAACCUAUACAGGUAGUCUACGGUGACAUAUAUCAAAAUAUACCCAUUCAGCCACUAAAACGGCCUUGCUAUCGGAUUUAGUUUAGCAGAUUAUUUUUUCGGACAUUGUUGGGAGAGGUUUAAUCAUAAACCCGUCCUGACAUUUGAGCCAGUUUCGGUUCACCCACUCACUCGAUUAGGUGAGGCGGCGGAAGCGACCCGUUGUUUUUUUCGCAAGGAGUUGGAUUGAUCCCCGUUGUAUAAAACUAAUAUCAACAUUAUUCGGUGAAAAGAGCGCCCUGGGGAGACUGACACCAGUGUGCUUGUGCUGCUGAGCACUACUCCUGAUGAAAUGGCCCUGACCUGAUGUCCAGGCGUCCCCUUGCUGAUGAUCUACCCUCUCUAGAACCCAUCGGUUUGAGUGGAGAUGGCACUGCUCCCAGACAUGACGGCCUGGCCUGGUCUCCUGGCUGGGAGUGUCCUACUACUGGUCCUGGGGAGUAAUCCUGUCCGGGUUAUGGGGGACAACACAACUAAUGGAUUACCCUCUAACACAACUGCCCCAGGACCCAACAUUGCAGCUAUUGUGGCCCCGACUGUUAUACUGGGGCUGCUGGCCAUAGCAUCUGCUGUGCUAGCGUGGCUUUUCUGCGUGGUGAGGAAGAAGAGGCAGUCUGAGGGGACGUACCGGCCCAGUGCUGAGGAGCAGACAGGGGCCCACAGUGUUGAGACACCAGACGCUCUCAAACUGCCCAAGGAGGAGAGACUCAUCUGAGUCUAGUGUCUCAGCAGUCUCUCAACACCUGUCCUGUACAUCCAAGCAACAGCAAAAUCCUGAUGACUGAAGAAGCUCCACCUCAAGAGCUUAUGAUUACCUUUACCGUGGCCCCUAUAUUGGCCCCAAUAUUAGAUAUUAGAGGGUCAUGACACAACGUUGACAGAUACAGGAUGGGACGAGAGGUACACAGGACCUAGCCCUGGAAGAGGAGGGCCCAUGCUCCCGAGUGGCGCAGCGGUCUAAGGCACUGCAUCUCAGUGCUUGAGGCGUCACUACAGACCCCCUGGUUCGAU